CGUACACUGCACUAGCUACUAGUAGCGCCACACCACACGAGUGGAGCAGGGGCACGUACGCUUUGCCUUCUCUCCGCCGCGCACGAGGGCACGCGCGAGCGUGUAGCGACGAGCAGGGGAGGAUCUUGAUCGUGCGCCGAAUGGCGCGUACGUGUUGACACUUGACAUGUAUAACCCGGAGCAGCAGCAACCACCCCAGCGGCUCAUGGGGCCGCCGCGGAUAUCCUUCUCCACCGACUUCGCCCUGGAGCCGCCGCCGCCGAGGCCGCCGUCGGGGGCGCAGGCUCGGACGGCAGGAGACGCCGACUUCGAGUUCUCGUCGGUGGGCAGCCGCCCGAUGAUGGCCGCGGACCAGCUCUUCUCCAAGGGCCGCAUCCUGCCGCUGCGGGAGGCGGCCGGCGGCAGCGACGGCCGGCCUCUGACCCUGCGCGACGAGCUGCGCGCGCACGAAGGCAACGGAGACCGCGGCCGCCGCGCGCCCCGGUGGAAGGAACUGCUUGGCCUGAAGAGGGCGCACAAAAAGAGCGCCGAGCGCGCCGGGGGAACUGCGUCCGCCGACGCUCAUGUGGAUCUUGGAGACCAUGUAGAGGCCGGGGAGUGAACGAACAAUCCGUAACUUGGUUAGCGAGGCAUGUAACUGGACUUGAGCAUGACAAGUAACUGCUGAAGCAAACGUUGGUUGCAGAGUGCAACUGAUUUUUCACUGUUCAGCGUCUACCUUUUCAUUUUCUUGGUUGGGGGAGCAAGAAAUUUGAGGCCAUUUCCAUUCACCUCGUCACUGGUUGGUUGUUUCUGGAGUAAAAGAAGAUCUUGGACAUUUGGUCGCAUCGAGUACAUGGCUGCUUGUGGACGGAAUGAGAUAUUGAGAUCGUCUUCGGUAGCGAGCUGAGCCAACUGAUUGUAUUUUUCCCGCCGGGUGUGAUCGGUAGGAUGCAGUGUUUAAUUCACUAGCAGUUUUUGUGUCCUUGUGUAUUUUUUUUCCUCAAAUUGUACAAAGAUUAUGUUUGUAGCUUGGGGAUUCAG